AUGCAAAACCAAGAGCCGCUUAAGUAUCAGGCGCCUGCUACAGAAGCAUGCCAGUUCCUAGAUGAACAAUUCUUUAAAAGCUGGUUUUACUACUUUUUGGGUAAGAUUCUCACCGGAACCAUUAAAAAGCGUCAAUUACUACAAGAUUUCCCUCUCGAAGAACUUACAACGUCGAAUUUAAACAAAAGCACAAGAUCAGCCGAACGAGAGGCUUCGAAUGCUCCCGCCAAAAGUCAAGCUCUCAAUAAGCUUAAAUUGUUGGAAUUCCCCCUCCAACAGACCUUUAUAGCAGUGUCUGGUCAAUUCAUUGACGCUGAUUGGGAAUAUCAGGAGGUUCAAGUAGGCUUUAAGCCCCCCACUAUAGAACUAAAUCUGCUCGUAAAGUAUGAGAUCAAAGGCCUCGACUAG